UUCUGCUUUUACAUGCAGGCGCCCAGAAUGGAGUAAGCGAGAUCCGCGGAGCGAAGGGGAGAAAGAGUUUCGGGCUGGAGGAGGAGGGAGAGGGAGGCAGGCAGGCAGGCAAGCCAGGCAGCCGAGCAAGCGGUGGUUCUUUCUCAAGGCAGGACCUCGUCGGAGGAAGCCAGAGAAAGCGGCGCAAGAAUGCCCUAAGGGCAGGGGGUUGGUGCCGCGCUGCCGCCGCCGCCGCCGUCGGUGAAGACGAAGCGCCAAGUGCCUCUGGAAGCUGCCCGUCGCCCGCUGCCCCGCGUCCCGACCGAGCUUGUCAAUGGAGCUGGAGAAUAUAGUGGCCAACACGGUUUUGCUCAAAGCCAGAGAAGGAGGUGGAGGAAAGCGCAAAGGUAAAAGCAAAAAAUGGAAGGAAAUCCUGAAGUUUCCUCAUAUUAGCCAGUGUGAAGAUCUUCGAAGAACAAUAGAGAGAGAUUACUACAGUUUAUGUGACAAGCAACCAAUAGGAAGAUAUCUCUUUCGGCAGUUCUGUGAGACUCGUCUGGAGCUGGAAUGCUGUAUUAAGUUUCUUGAUUCAGUG